AUGCAAAAUCCUACAACAACACUGACCAAAAUACCGCCGAUACCACCUAAACCGAAGUUGCAAUAUCAGCACGGUCAAAUUGCUAAAUUUGGGCAACUCUCAAGAAGCAUUGCUGGUGGCCAGCUACCUCCACCGCCAGGUGAUAGUGAUACGGAUUCAGGUAUAUGCGCCGACUCCGACAAUCAAUUAUCACCGCGACAUAUUAAUGCGGGAUUUCUUGAUGAUAAGCCGAGAAAGCUGCAACGCAAAUUUGAAAUCCCCGUGUACCGUGAACAUCUAACACCGGAAAGUGCAUGGACGAUAAAAUUGGAAGGAAAAACAGAUAACGCGCUUGAAAUGAAGAAAAUAGAGAUGGAAAUGAGUGAAAGCAAGAAGGGAAAAGAAUAUUUAAAUGGAUUAAAGAGUGGCCAGGAGACAUCUGAGCUCCAUCCGGAAAAAGAAGUUCCAUCUCUGAGUGAGACUGAUACGUCUGAUCACUCUCAGUCACUUCACGCUAGGAGAGUACACACAAAUUUAUCAAAAUUGUCAUAUCAAAGACGCUUACCGGAAGGAUUACAAACGAACUGCUAUAACAGCCAAACAUCGAGGAAUGGAAAACAGUACCGCGUCCGAUUUGCUGAUCAGGUUUCAUCAACCGAUGGGGGAUCGUCGUUCUCCUCAUCCGGUUGGGACAAUAUCGAUCAGGUAAGUGUUAAUAGUUGCGAUGGGAAUUAUUCCGAUUACUAUCUUCAUCGCUCGACCAGGGGAAUAGCGACAAUAACAUCAACAAUAUCGGUGAAUAAUCCUGAUCAGGUACUAUCGACAAUCAGCGAAAGCAACAACCGUAUCAAGCUUCCAGGCCAACAGCAGACCAUUGAUGACCAGUUCAUCGGUUGCAGUAACCAUCCUCAACCGGAACAUAAACAUCAAAUUAGUGGAUCUGACGAGCAGGACGAUACUGCUUCUGCAUCUCCACCUCAAUCAUCGCCAGGCUAUUCUGUGGCCAUGACGAGGCUUAGACGUAGUGAUGAUCAACAUCUCAUUCAUUCAAACGGACCACCUUUCCGAGUCAUACGCCGUUUCCAUAAUCGCUCCACAUCGUUACCCCGUGGUGUGCAUCGUCAAUCAAUCGCUUUAGAAAUACGUCGUGGAUCUAUUGAUUGUUUCCAUGCACCGCACGACUAUUCAUCAUUAUAUAAG